CACAGAUGAGACGGCGCGGCUUAUAACAGACGUGUUUUGCGCAUGUCCUGCAGUAACAUUUACAGACAGGGAGGGAGAGAUAGAAAAAAAACGUAGACUAAGACAUCCGAACAGUAAAUCUAGAAUUCCAGAAGCAGGCAAGCAUUUGAUGAGGUGUAUGAGAGGUUACCACACGAGAAUCACAACAUAGACGUGUUGCUGUGAUCAUUUUAAGACCAUUCUAUAGGAGAGGCGUCCCGAGUGCACGGCACGCGGGGCUGGAAUCCCUCUCCCUCCCACCGCCCAGACGAAGACAAGAGGUUGAGAAGGCUUCGCUGCUGUGCUACAUUGAGUCAAGAGGAAGACCGCAUCAGCACCAUGGUGGUUUUUAAUGGGUUGCUGAGAAUAAAGAUUUGUGAAGCUGCGGACCUGAAACCCACGGCUUGGUCUCUGAGACACGCGGUUGGGCCGAAGACGCAGACCUUCUUACUGGACACCUACAUUGCCCUUAACGUGGACAAUUCUCGAGUGGGCCAGACAUCCACCAAGCAGAAGACUAACAACCCAGUAUGGAACGACGAGUUUGUCACGGAGGUACAAGACGGGAGGAAAAUUGAACUAUCAGUAUUUCACGACGCGCCGAUAGGUUACGAUGAUUUUGUGGCCAAUUGCACCAUACAGUUUGAGGAGCUGCUGCAGAACAACAGCAGGCACUUCGAGGACUGGAUAGAUCUGGAGCCGGAGGGGAAGGUGUUUGUUGCCAUUGAAUUGUCGGGAUCCUCCUGCGAAGCGUCGCCCUCCAAUGAGAAUGAAGAGAGGGUAUUCCGUGAGCGCAGGCGGCCACGGAAACGCCAGGGGGCUGUCCGGAGGCGGGUCCACCAGGUCAACGGGCACAAAUUCAUGGCCACCUACCUGCGCCAGCCCACCUACUGCUCUCACUGCCGUGACUUCAUCUGGGGGGUGAUUGGAAAACAAGGCUACCAAUGCCAAGUAUGUACCUGUGUGGUACACAAACGAUGCCACGAGCUCAUUAUCACGAAAUGCCCAGGGCUGAAGAAGCAGGAAGACUUACCAGAGGAGGUGGGGUCCCAACGCUUCAGCGUCAACAUACCUCACAAGUUCAGUAUUCACAAUUACAAAGUCCCAACCUUCUGCGACCACUGUGGCUCCCUGCUUUGGGGCCUGCUCAGACAAGGACUGCAGUGCAAAGUGUGUAAGAUGAACGUACACAGGCGUUGUGAGAGCAACGUUGCGCCAAACUGUGGUGUGGACGCUCGUGGGAUUGCCAAAGUUCUGUCGGACCUGGGAGUCACCCCUGACAAGAUCUCCAGCAGUGCCCAGAGGAGGAAAAAGUUGAAUGCAGGGCAGGAUCCUCAGCAAACCGUUCCUCAGGAGGAAGAGGACAGCUCAGUUUCGGGUCCUACUUCUCCCUGUGACGAGGAUUCUCUGUCCUCUUCUCUGUCUCUGACAGAGAUAAAAGACCUGGAAAACGUCAGGUCGAGUCUGGCGCUUGACCGCAGCAAUCAGGAGCUCAAGCCGGCCUUGUCGUCGUCCACAUCGAGGGAUGGGGGCCUGGGACGUGUUGAGGAGGAGUGUGAAAACGGAGAGAACAAAAUCUUCCACAAGAGGUUGAACCUGUCAGACUUCCUCUUCAUUAAAGUCCUGGGGAAAGGCAGCUUUGGCAAGGUGAUGCUGGCGGAGCUGAGAGGGACGGACGAGGUGUACGCCGUCAAGGUUCUGAAGAAGGACGUGAUCCUGCAGGACGAUGAUGUGGACUGCACCCUGACAGAGAAACGGAUCCUGGCGCUGGCUAGGAGGCACCCCUAUCUGACCCAGCUCUUCUGCUGCUUCCAGACCAAGGAUCGCCUCUUCUUUGUGAUGGAGUACGUAAAUGGAGGCGACCUGAUGUUCCAGAUCCAGCGGUCUCGCAAGUUCGACGAGUCGCGGUCUCGCUUCUACGCCGCUGAAGUCACCUCGGCACUCAUGUUCCUGCAUCAGAACGGAGUCGUAUACAGAGAUCUGAAACUGGACAACAUCCUGCUGGAUGCAGACGGUCACUGCAAGCUGGCCGACUUUGGGAUGUGCAAGGAGGGCAUCCUAAACGGGGUCACCACUACCACCUUCUGCGGGACUCCUGAUUACAUUGCCCCUGAGAUCCUUCAGGAGCUGGAGUAUGGCCCUUCGGUGGACUGGUGGGCCCUGGGGGUGCUGAUGUACGAGAUGAUGGCUGGCCAGCCGCCAUUUGAAGCGGACAACGAGGACGACCUGUUCGAGUCCAUCCUGCACGACGACGUGCUCUACCCCGUGUGGCUCAGCAAGGAGGCCGUCAGCAUUCUUAGAGCAUUCAUGACGAAGACUCCUCACAAGCGCCUGGGCUGUGUGCUGUCGCAGGGUGGGGAAGAGGCCAUAAGGACCCACCCCUUUUUCAGAGAGAUUGACUGGGUCCUGCUGGAGCAGAGAAAGAUCAAGCCCCCGUUUAAACCUCGAAUCAAAACCAAGCGAGAUGUGAACAACUUCGACCAGGACUUCACCCGUGAGGAGCCAGUGCUCACGCCCGUGGAGGAUGCCAUCAUCAAGCAGAUCAACCAGGACGAGUUCAAGGGCUUCUCUUACUUUGGGGAGGAGCGUCUGUCCUAAACCCUCACCCCAGACCUCGCCCCCCAUGCUGAACUCAUGGAAACAUCCUAACUCCAGAAUCAACCGCAGAACCAACCAACCCUCGUCGUGACCACUUCAGCCAACCACCCGUGGCUGUAUCAUUUAUCUAGAUAUUACCUAUAUUUUGCUCAUUAGUUGCUGUUCAUUGUUUUAUUUAUAUAUAUAUUUAUUUAUUUAUUUAUUUAGGGGUCUAAAUAAAAAAAACCUUUUUGCCUUUUCUUUUCAUAUUUUAUAUACUGUGUCAUUUUCAUGUUCAUACAGGAGAUCUUAAAAAGUUAGUUCCUGUAGGGGACAAGUCCACUUGGCCAGUUUGGUUCUGUUGGUCCAAUUGAACUGCCAGCCCUGGCUGGUUGAGCGGUAUGUCUCUCCCCACAUCACAUCCACCUGUCCAAUGAGUCCUCAGUAGGUAUAAUUACGCCAUCAGUGGGAGGCGCUAAUCUCAUAUUGGGCAUGACUAAGAGGUCUGCGAGAGUGGGUGUUGUCUUUGCAUGGACUAAAAAGAUAUUUAUGCACCUUUGCUUGGAAUACAGUAUUCUCUUCGUCCACAAAUUUCUUUACCUCUUCCAAGAGUACUCUUCCAAUGUUUGUAUUUUAUAAAAUAUAUUCAAAGAGCUAAAAACACACAAAUAUAACAGUAAGAAUGUCUUGCAGGCACAAAAUGGGAGGUUUCUCCCCUGCAAUGCACUACCUUAACCAAAUUAACAGUAACCAUGAUUGUACUAAACAACAUAACCUUUAAUAGGUUACUAUAUACAAAAAAGAUAAUGCAGGGUGAUCUGAAAUGGAUGCAAAUUAAUUCUAUAGCUGAAGGCCUUUUUGUGUUUUGGGGUGACUUUUGUGGACCAACAUUCCACUGUAGAUAAGUGCAUGGUGUUACUUGAGUUUAUGGUGUGGUUUGCACUGCAGGGUGUGUUAGUGUAUGCAUGUUCAUGUUGUGUGUUGGUGUGCGCAUGAAUUUAAAUGAGUGCGUGUGUGUGUGGAAAUGCCCAUUGGAAAUGGCAAUUUAUUGAUUCCAUUUUUAUUCUUUUUUUUUUUUUUGGUAAUGUUUUUUGUGUUCUUGGAGUUUGUUUUUUUAUGAAUACUUUUACUGGAUUGUCAUACUGAAGAGUCUGUCUAUCACAAGAUUCACCACCAUUGGGAGACAAGGCAGCUCCUAAAAAUAAUGAUAAGAGAAUGAGGUGCCAUGGAGCAAAAAAGGGUGGAGGCAUAGCCUUUUGCUGUAUGCGAUGUGUGACUCUCUGAUUUCAACCAAUCAUUGUGGUUUGCUGAAGUGAGCAAUACAUUUUGAUUGGUUCAGACAAGCCAGUGAUUUACAGCUCUUUAUAGCUCCACUCAUGGGGUUCAUGAAAUCUCACGCUUCCUAUCACUACCGAAACUCAGUGUGCGGAGCUCAGUAUGUAUAUAAUUGUAUUGCAAGUCUGUGAAGUUCCUGGGAAAGACAGGUGUCAGCAACUGCAUGGUCAAUAUAUUCAUUUUAUUCUGUAUAACUGCAUGGAGAAGGAUAAGGAAUGAUCUUUGUGCAAUAAGGUGUGUGUUGUUUUAUUUGGGGUUUUUCCUCUUUUUGUUUUAUGUUGUCUUUUGUUUUAUGACACCAGACCUCCCUUGUUUUGCUAUUGCGUUGUUAAUAUUUAUGAUUCUAUGCCUGUAUGAAGCUCCUGUGUCAUAUUCAGUCUGCUGUUUCCGAAUCUCGCCCCGGUUUGCUGUGGUUCUCUGUACAGCUCAUGUGACCUAUUCAGCACUUCCCUUAGUACAGCAUAUUCAACCAGUACAGUGUACUCCCUUAUAUAACACACUUCCUGAUACAACACACUCUCUUAUACAACAAACUCCCUAAUGCAACACACUUCCUGAUACACCACACUCACUUAUACAACACACUCCCUAAUGCAACAUACUCUCUUAUACAACACACUCCCUAAUGCAACACACUUCCUGAUACAACACACUCACUUAUACAACACACUCCCUAAUGCAACACAGUUCCUGAUGCAACACACUCUCUUAUACAACACACUCCCCAAUGCAACACACUUCCUGAUACAACACACUCUCUUAUACAACACACUCCCUAAUGCAACACACUUCCUGAUACAACACACUCCCUUGUACAACACAGUCUGAUAUAGCACACUCCCUGAUACAAUACGCUUUCUGAUACAACACAUUAACCCUGUGUUCUCCCAAGUAUCCUGCCCAUACCUGUAAUAACACACUCACCUAAUAUAGAUUUCAUAUCUCAUGUACACAUAAUACACAUACACAAAUAACCUGAGUUAUACAUAUGCAGGAAACCUGAGUGUUAUAUGUAUUAAAAAUAAAUAUCAAUCUUAUACAGUUAAACCACAUACAUUGUAGUGCCGCUUUUAUUUUUAGUUUUCGGUUACUCUCCCCCCCCCCCCCCCAAAAAAAAGUAGAAAUGACAUCACUUAAUCAUUCUGAAUGUGAAUAUGAAUGUGUACUUAACCAAGUAGAAGGUGCAGUUUCAGCAUGUUUUUUUAUGAUAUACAGUUCAUUGUGUCAGGGCAACCAUUGCAGUGUGAGUAAUCUUACAGGUGAGAUGCAGGUUGGCAGAAACAGGUUCACCUGGUUGGGUCUCACCAGAAUUGCACAAUUAUGUGAUUUUUAUUUUUGUUUUUUGCUUGGUGAUUUUCAUUGGGACCAGAAAAUUGUUAAUAACUGGAAUGCCUUGCUAGGUCACGCAAUAGACACAGAGAGCCUUUGACAAUUUGAGACCAGGCAGGAUGCAACGCUGAAUACCUUCUCUGGGUAGCAGCCAAAAUGACGGGCCUAGAUGAGCUGAAUUACCCGUUCUCCUCAUCAAACGUGAGCCUCACUGAUUCUGACAUUAUGUAAUUGUUCUCUGACAACAACAGGAAAUUACACAUGUUGUGCAAUUCUCCAAUGGGAAGUAUCGUAUAAGCAAAGCUAACAGCUAACCAGAGCUGUUCUUCCCAUAGAGGAAAGGCCCUCCCCCAUACGCAAGGGUACUAGUGGGGGUUGAGCAAGUCUGUAGCUGUCCAUACACACAUACAUUUCCACAGCCCCCCCCCCCCCCCCCCCCCCCACCCCCACCCAAACAAACCAUUAAGCUACCCCACUCUACCCCACCAUUCUACCUCAUCUACCAGUGUAAUGGCAAGGCGAUGUGCAUGCUGAAUGUGUAGGGGAUGAGAGAAAUCAAGGGGGGGGCUUCAUUACAGGAAGGGACGGGGGGGAUAUAGUUAUGACAUUACAGACUGCUUAAUGAAACUGACUACAAUGCCAGUCAUUCAGACAUAUACUGGAUGUGGGGGUUCAGCUGGGAGGGUGGAGGAGUGGUGUUAGGGGAAGGCAUCAUACAGGCUUCUUAAUUAAAAUUGACUGCAAGCCAGUCACUCGAUGUUGUGAAUCACACAGGAAGCUUUGUCGUAACUGUCAACUACAGUUUGUUUGUAUCUAUCAUUCCAUUAUGGCCGUGUGCUGGCCUUUGACGUGUGCACUGUCUGUGCUGUGGGUUUGUCUGUGUUGCUGUGAGUGUUGAGCCUAUUGCAAAAGCCCUGAUCUCCUUUCUACCCCGUCAACCUUUUCUCUGCUCCAUGCCAAAUUGUAUCUCUGUCUUCUUUCUGCUUCCAUUUUGUUUUUGUUUUUUUUAGAUUUGUAAAUGAAACUGUAAAGUCAUUCAAGCAUUUAAAUAAGUAAAUAAAUGUCAGACUUACCUCUUGAAUUAAAGUAGUGUUAAAAUGUGUCCUGCAGAAUAUGAAACAUAUAUAUAUAUAUAUAUGGCAUUAAAAUACAGAUAUGAAAUAUGUAUAUUAUAGUACUGUAUGUGUGUAUGUACAUCCAGUAUGCAAUAGUUUCUGUAUUGUGAAGCUUUCUAUGUACAGAAAAAUAUUUCCUAAUGGGGUGUAUAAAUUGAAUCUCAUUACAAGCAGUCAUUUAACUGUGCCAAAUGUACUGUAUUCAGAAUGAUGUGAAUGUGGAGUGUCUGUUUUUGAAUCUAUUAAAAUAUGUCCAAGCGUG